AUGGAACUGCACAGGCCAAUGUACUCGUGGAUAUGUCACACGACAUACCUCGUCGAGCAGCAGGCCGAUAAGGAGGCGAAGGAUAAUGAGGACCGGAAGCCGCUCUACCAUACCGCCGCGGCCGGGCACACGGCCACCGUCCAGUACCUCAUCAUGUAA